GGGGAGAAGGAGCGUUUUCCGAAAGAGCCGCUGCCUAGCUUGAGAAGCGCUCCUCGCUCAGAACAAUGGCUGCACUGCCAAGGCUGGUCCGAGUGUCUUCAGUCGUGCUGGUGGUCUGGGCUGGUUUUUGUUCUGCCGUAUGUGUUGAAGUUCCCUCAGAGACAGAGGCUGUCCAAGGGACACACAUGAAGCUACUCUGCAUCUCUUGCAUGAAGAGGGAAGAGGUCACAGCCAGCACCGUGGUGGAGUGGUUCUAUAGGCCUGAGGGUGGAAAAGAUGAACCCAUCUACGAGUACAGGAAAACAAAUCAUGAAUUUCCGAGCCGCUUCAGUGGUCGGCUGCAGUGGAAUGGGAGUAAAGACAUGCAGGAUGUAUCCAUCACUGUGUUAAAUGUGACCUUGAACGAUUCGGGUAUCUACACCUGUAAUAUUACCCGGGAGUUUGAGUUUGAGAUUCACCGACCUCUCUUCACAAGCUCCAGACUGAUCCAUCUCACCGUGGUGGAGGAGGCUGGAGAAGACUUCACUUCGGUCAUCUCUGAAAUUAUGAUGUAUAUUCUUCUGGUCUUCCUUACCUUGUGGCUACUGAUAGAAAUGGUCUAUUGCUACCGGAAAGUCUCUAAGGCGGAGGAGGCUGCCCAGGAAAAUGCGACAGACUACCUUGCGAUUCCAUCAGAAAACAAGGAAAACUGUGCCGUGCCGGUGGAGGAGUAGCAGAGAGGAGACAGUGGAACAAAUGGCAGCAAGGUAGGGACUCUGAAGACAGAAGGACCCCGUCAUGCCAGCCAGGUUUGGGAGAACUCUCUGCCGUCGGGAGGAAAUGCGGGGAAGUGUAAAUUCUCUUCCAUUUGCCUUGGACUCUGCACAACCUUGACUUUGGCUUCGUGACUCCGUUCUGAGCUGUCAGCCCAUUGUUAAGGGACUCUUCUUUUGAAGCAUGCUGAGCAAAGGGCACGGGGGUGUGGGCAGCACAGCUCCUUCCCAAGUUUCAGUCCCAUCAUCACGUUAACGGCUUUGUAAAUAUUAGUGUCGUUUCUUAGCUGCUGUGACCACCACCACCUGUUUUUGCAGAAUAUGCUCAUUCUCCGUUGCAGAGGUAAAGGUUGUGUCAUGUUACUCUGACCUGCAGGACUGGAAGUGAGGUCAUUCAUUUUACGGUGAUGCUCCAUUUGUUACAGCCCAAGAAGUCGUUAUAGGUGUGAAACAGGAAGAAUUUAAUUAACUAGCUGUUGCUCGGUAAGUUGCUGUGGACUUUAGGCUGCCAGUGCAGACGUAGAGAGCAGCGUGAGGGCUAUAAUGCAUUAGAAUUGUUGAAAAUGUGUAACAAGAAGGAUGAGUCCCUGUGCAAAGUUCAGACUUGCUUUUGAAGGAGAGAACUGUGAAUCUAAAUCCUUAAUCUGAAUUCUAAUUUGGGAGGCUAUAUGAUGCAAGUAUAAGAAUCCCUUAUAUUCUCCCUUUCAUUUAGCAAAAGUCUAAAGUCUCACUUCCUUCCCUUUGCCUUGUGUAGCAGAUUUACUCCUCAAGUACACAGAGACCCCCAGUGAGGGGAACCUGCGGAGUGGUGUUCUGCGACAGCAGGCAAGCGUGGGACAAGGUAUGCAGUGACCUGUUUAUGGGGAGACCCCUGAAAGGAGGACAGCCGGAUGCAAAUAGGCAAGCAAAUUAAAUAGGCUGCAUAGCCCUCAAGAGGACAAGGACAGACAACUUUGUAGGUGGUGGCACCUUUUGUAACCGUGGUAGUGUUUUUGUACCGUAGUGUAGCACCACCUAGCGGCAUAAACAGGACAUUCUCAUUCUUCAGUAGUGAUUGUUUCUUGUGGUAAUUAUUGUGUAGUUCGAAUAGUCAGCGGGCAUCUGACGUGACCCAUUGCUGCCCAGGAAUUAUGCUGUAAAUUCAGUGUUUCCUAUACAAACUUGCAUUUUAAAUUUCAGCAGAUGAAGCAAAGUAAAAUUUGUUUUUAGGCCUCUAUAGACAACAAAUACAGGUGGGUGGAGCUCAACAACUAGGAUUAUGUGGAGAAAGCAGGCAGAAGCGUUGGCCUGGAGUGGAACUGUACCUUAAUACAAAAUGGGAGAUGGUUGGGUUUUUUUCAUAUAGUACAUGUAGUUUUUUUCAUAUAGUACAUACCUGCUGCAAUGGAGCCUAUCCUGCUUGCAAGCCUUUGAAAAUUUUGCUACACUGAUCGCUUCUUCAUGGUUAUAAAAUGCUCGUGAAUCAAGGCAUGCUUCCCACAUGUGGAAUUUCCUCUGCUUUGUUCUGCUGCAGUUUAUGUGUUCCUAAAAUCGCAGAAAUUACUCCAAUUUUAAGUCAGGCCCCGGCCAGAUUUCCAACUGGCCAUUGUUCAAAAUUCCUUUUUGGAGUGAGUGUCAACUUUAGCAAACUAUCGCAAUCCCGGUCCUUGCAGUAGGAUGGCUGUCAAGUCCAGAGCCAAGUCUGGCAAUCUGAGCACAUUUUCCAGACGGAGCACACUUGUUAUCUGGGUACUGGUUCCUUAAAAACCUGAUAUCCGAAAGGGUAAAAAAUCAGUUACUCUUCUAAAUCUGUUGGGUGUCUUCCCUUUCCCUAGGCCAAUUUAAGAUGGGCCUCAGGGCAAUUGUGGGCAUACUCCCAACUUUAGAUCCACGGCAGUAGGUCGUAACUCCAGGGAUCCCAUUGCUGACCUGGUGCCCAGGGUGGUUUUUAGGUAAGGUCACAUAACCUCUCUCCUACUUUAGCUCUGCUCCCUCUCAGUCUUGGUGAAUUAUUGAUAACCCUCUCGUGUCAUAACGCUAAGCGAGUUAACUGAAAACUUCUCGAGAGCUACCUCAGGAGGUAAAGAAGAGACGUCCUUUAGUCCUGCACCUUCCAGUACCUUACACGCAUCUUCUCGAGAUGUCUUUUCUGGACGCAUCUUUUAUCUGUCCAGAUCCUUCAGACGGAUGUGACUGACCCCCUGUGUUCUAGGUAGGGGAAAACUGUGUGUAAAUUUUGCUCAAGAUUCUCACAGAAAAAAAAUGGAACCUUUCAAGGGCAGUGUUAAAGACAGGCUUUGUCCUGGAAGAGAUGGCCCUGGUCGGUACCUGAAAAGACCUCUGUAUAUUUGGAAACAACAGAAGAGACUCCAGAAUAGGCAGGACAAUAAAAACAAAGCACUCACAAGUCA